GCGGAGCUGCUGGGCCGCUGGCUGGCGGGCGGCAUGGGGCUGUGAGGCGGCCGGGCAGCGCCCAGGCCCCGCGCCCGCCAUGCCAGGCAAAGCCCAGCACUUCCAAGGUCCCCAGGUCAGCUGCUGCACCAAGUACCUGCUCUUCGCCUCCAAUGUGCUCUUCUGGUUGCUGGGGGCUUCCUUUCUGGCCAUUGGUCUGUGGGCCUGGGCAGAAAAGGGUGUGCUUUCCAACCUGUCGUCCAUCACAGACCUGGGUGGCUUUGACCCUGUCUGGCUCUUCCUUGUGGUCGGAGGGGUGAUGUUCGUCCUGGGGUUUGCUGGCUGCAUUGGAGCCUUGAGGGAAAACACUUUCCUGCUCAAGUUUUUCUCUGUGUUCCUGGGGCUCAUUUUUUUCCUGGAGCUCACGGCUGGUGUCCUGGCCUUCAUCUUCAAGGACUGGAUCAAAGAUCAGCUCAAUUUCUUCAUCAACAAUAACGUCAAGGCCUACCGCGAUGACAUCGACCUGCAGAACCUCAUAGACUUUGCUCAGGAAUACUGGUCUUGCUGUGGGGCUCAUGGCCCUAAUGACUGGAACCUCAACAUUUAUUUCAACUGCACUGACUCCAACCCCAGCAGGGAGCGCUGCGGGGUGCCCUUCUCCUGCUGUGUCAAGGACCCUGCGGAGGAUGUUCUCAACACGCAGUGUGGCUAUGAUGUCCGCCUUAAACUGGAGCUGGAGCAGCAGAGCUUCAUCCAUACCAAAGGAUGUGCUGGCCAGUUUGAGAAAUGGCUCCAGGACAAUCUCAUUGUGGUAGCCGGGACUUUUGUGGCCGUUGCGCUGCUCCAGAUCUUUGGUAUCUGCAUGGCACAGAACCUCGUGAGUGACAUCAAUGCCGUGAAAGCCAACUGGUGACACCAGAGCAAGGCCUGUGCCGCCUUCCCCAGACCCGCAGCGCCCUCCGCAGGACUGAAGCUGCAAUCCUAGCCACGGCCACAGGAUGCUGCUGUGCCAUUAACCAGCUGUUUUGUGUGUGGGUAGCCAGCGCUACCGGUAUUAAUGGCUCCCCAGUGCCCUUCCAUAUCGUCCUCUUCUUGGUUGGGGUGCACAUGGCGUAUGAGCUGCGGGUGGCCAAUGUAAAUAGUAUUUAUUAUAGGACAUUCUGGACGGGACUCCUUCCACUGCUACCCUCACUGCAAUAUUUGUGGAGCCAGGCGGCCUGUUGCACGCGCAGGCCAGAGACACUGAAGGCCAAAUAACACAGGGAGCUCUGGGGCUGAGUAGGUGCUACAGGAACCCCAGGCGGAUAAGGCACAGCCCGUGCGGCUUCUCGAUAGGAAGCUGGUUGGAACCACCAUCUUGUUUCUGCUGCCUGGUGCAGCCCUGACAUUUGUACCCUCCCUUAAGCCUCUACUUCAGGAGGGGAUGUCUGUGGCUCAUCUGACCUUGUUGGACUCCAGCUCCCAUCGGCCCUAGGUGGUGGGCAAGGGAUGAUGGGAGUUGUAGUCCAGCAACAGCAGGAGUGCCAUGGGAUCACCAUCCUUGCUGUACUUGAAUUUUCUGUGCUCCCCUCUCUCUCUCCAUCUGCUCAGGUCUCCUCUCUGUUGGGGGAUUGGAUUAGGAGGACACGAGGUUUAUGUACCCUGCUCCCCACCCCCAUGCAAACCAACAUGACUGUUGGCUUAUGUGGGUCACACUGUUGGUCUCUGCCCCUUCUCUCUGUGUCUUAGGAUCAGAACCCAGCCCAAAGUAUUAAGCAUAGGACAAGACCCGCUGCUGCAUCCCCUUUCCCAUCACAACUCUGCCCUUCCUGCUUUGUUUUCCAAAGGGUCUACAGGGGCCCCGUUUUGACAGCUAUGCACACACAGGCAAAGCUGGACAUGGGUUCAGCUGCUUCACCCAAGAGAGAGAGAGCCAAUCUGUACAAAAGCUGUGUUGGGUUUAAAGCACUGGAACAUGGCUAGCACCUGCUCUGGCACAAAGAGUAAGACUACCUUGUGAAUCAGAGAGAGAGAGAGAGAGAAACUACAUGUUUCUUUAUCUCCAGGCUUAGCUGGAUUCACUUGUGUGGGAAAUAUGCAAACCUUUGUAUGCAAUUCCAUCUCCUUUCAUGUAUUUGUCUGUGGGACCCACAGGGAGCACUCCUGGCUAAGCUGAACAAAGUUUUGGCCUUGCCUGCACCUCGUGCUCUGUCCACCCCAUGAGCCCUGCAGGACCCCCCCACCCAACCCCAACCCCAGUGCUUCUUUGGGGGCUGGCUGGUGGCACUUCUGAGAGGGCACAUGGUCGGGAAGGUGCAUUUUGUUCGGCGCUUGGAUUUGUUGUCAUUUUCCUGCUCUCUUUCGGUUGGCAUUCUUCCCUCAUCCCCCCCCGGACUCUGCUGCUAACAGGACUGAUCCGACCGUCUGGGAUUUUGCUGUACCCAAUAAUAAAGCAACCCCUACCAAAUGAUUGUUAUGCUCUUUUACUCUAACACACACACCCCCACACAAAAAAACAACCCAGGAUGGUCUUUGUGUUUAAGCAGUGAUUUCUUUGCUGUUUUUAGGAGCAUACAAAGCUGCCUUAUACUGAACCAGACCUUUGGUCCAUCUAGCUCAGUAUAGUCUACAUCAGUUUCCCAAACUUGGGUCUCUGGCUGUUUUUGGACUACAGUUCCCAUCAUCCCUGACCACUGAGUCCUGAGGCCUUCUGGCGGUUCCCUCGCUGCGAGAAGCCAAGUUACAGGGAACCAGGGAGAGGGCCUUCUCGGUAGUGGCACCCGCCCUGUGGAACACCCUCCCACCAGAUGUCAAAAAGAAAAAUAACUACCAGACUUUUAGAGGACAUCUGAAGGCAGCCCUGUUUAGGGAGGCUUUUAAUGUUUAAUCGAUUAUUUUAUUUUAUUUUUCUGUUGGAAGCCGCCCAGAGUGGCUGGGGAAACCCAGCCAGAUGGGCGGGGUAUAAAUAAUAAAUUAUUAUUAUGCUAGCUAGGGAUGAUGGGCAUUGUAGUCCCAAAACAGCCUGAGACCCAAUUUUGGGAAACACUGGUCUCCAUUGACUGGCAGUGGCUCCCCAGGGGCAGGUCCCCUACCACUGAGCUGUGGCCCUUCUCGGUUUGUCGUGCUCUUGGCAAGGUUUCCCUGCUGUGUGAAGUGAGUGGCAGCGUCUCCUCGCCUUCCUCUCUCCACAUAAGACCUGGUGCUCUUUCAGUUGCAGCGUCAGCUUUUCUCCACGUGGGGGUGCUCCUGGCUAGCUUUCCCCCAACAAUUACAAACACUACAUAGCUCUUGUGCUUGUUGCUUGCAGCAUGGGCAAAUGUAUGCUUUAUGCAAAAGUUGGGGUGGGGAUGAGGGCGGUGCUGGUGGAAGCCUGAUGCUCAGGCGGUUGCUGCCUGCUGGGGGUUUCCUGGUUACUGUCACCUUUGGCAGUGACAGUGGAACGGAAGGUUAGCGACGCUAAGAGAGAAUUUGCAGAACUCGGUUAAAACAAGGGUGAAGCACUAAAACUGCUAGCACAUUUGCAAAGCUAAACUGAGUCCGGUAGGGUUUCAAAUUGGAUGGGGGGACCAUGUGUUGAGAUUCCUGCAUUGCAGAGGGUUGGGCUAGAUGACCCUCACGGUCCCUUCCGACUCUACAUUUCUAUGAGUCUAUGCAUGAUUAUGUACUUCUCAGUAGCAUUCUCUCCCCCCCACGCACCCAGCCCUCUGAAAAAAGGGAGAGAAAGCUAUUAUGAAGCUGUCAGCGUUUAUGAAAAGGAAAACUAACUACUGCAUAUGCAAAAGCUACAACCUAUCCAUCUUAAUCUGGAGGGGAAAGGAUAACUUGCUAAGCAGAUUUACUUUCAACUCAGAAAGUCUACGGCAUGCUUGACUGUUUCAACACUUCUAAGGCAUAGUAAUACAAAUAUGCUUCUAGUCAAACUACAGGCUGCCAUGUCAGAUCACAUCCGACUGCUCUUUCUACUUAGGAUUUCUUACUCCAUUCAUUUGCAUCUUGCUGCUUUUUCCAGUUUAUUCUUUCUGCACUUGGUUAUUUAUGCUCUUUUCAGGUGAACUCUUACUCAUUCCCUUAUCUCGUUCAGCCCUGCUGCCAGUUGUACUCGGUUUUGCAAUGCAGGAUUGUCAUCUGCGGUUAUUUGGUGGCCCAAAUAGGCAGGGGAUUAAAAUAAAUUAAUAAACCCACUUCUGCUGAUGGACUGUUUUGGGGGUGCAUCUUUGUUUGGUACAGACUCUUCCUUCUCAGUAAUGUUUUUCUACAUACAUGUCUUUAUCAACCAACCUCCCCCCUUUUUUUUAAAGCCUUCUGUAGUAGCUCAUAUUAUGCAGCACUUUAUAUUGUGACAUCUGCAGUUCUUUAUACAGUCAUACCUCGGUUUAAGUAUGCCUCGGUUUGAGUAUUUUCAGUUUAAGUACUCCGCGGACCCGUCUGGAACGGAUUAAUCCACUUUCCAUUAUUUUCAAUGGGAAAGUUCACUUCAGGUUAAGUACGGACUUCUGGAAGCAAUUACACUCAUACCUCGGGUUAAGUACGCUUCAGGUUGAGUACUCUGCGGACCCGUCUGGAACAGAUUAAUCCACUUUCCAUUACUUUCAAUGGGAAAGUUCACUUCAGGUUAAGUACGCUUCAAUUUAAGUACUCCACGGACCGUCUGGAACGGAUUAAUCCACUUUCCAUUACUUCAAUGGGAAAGUUCGCUUCAGGUUAAGUACGCUUCAGGUUAAGUACAGACUUCUGGAACCAACUGUGUUUGUAAAUCGAGGUACCACUGUAUCUGAAAAGUUUUAAACUGUAGAUUGGUUUGGUUAUCCUCUGUCCUAUCACAUUCUGCUUAAAGGAGAAUAGUGCGCAGCGACAACUUGUAUAUUUGUCCAUAGACGUGAGAGAAGCUGUGUGUGUGUGUGUGUGUGUGUGUAGAGAGAGGGGGCGGGAAAUAUAUGUUCUCAUUUGGGCUGCCAAGUAAUAGCAGAUGACAAUUGCAUGCUCCUGCUUUUACAGUCAAUGUUGUAAGCCACCCAGAGAUCUUUUUAGUUGUCAGAUGGCCUAUUAUUUUAUGUACAUAAAAUAAUACAAACCCCAGCAGGCUGCAAGCAUAUUUUAAGGCAACCUUCUCUAAUAUGGUGUCUUUUAGAUGUUUUGGACUACAUUUUCCAUCAGCCUCAGCCAGCAUGGGGGACAGCUGACUUAAAGAAAUAAUACAAAGCGUAGUUGAAAAUUAAAUUCUAGAGUGAUGGCUGUGUUAGCCUGUGGCAGCACCAGAGUCUUGUGACACCUUAAAGACAAAAGCUGCUAUCCUGGCCCUGUUCCCCAGGGGAAAGUGCUGCUGUACUCAAUGGGGCUUGCUUUUGAGUACUGUAUGUAGAGCCUACCAUUGUAUGCUGGAAUUAACUUCAUCAGGUGCCUUAUCCUUUUAUACAUCCAGGUGUAUAAGAGAAAAGGCACACUUACAGUGAAAUGUAAACUAUACGGUAAUAAUUCAAGUAAAGCUUUAAAAUAUGCAAAAUAAGCAUUCACCUUUCACAACAGCAGUAAUUGAUGGGACAUUGUCAAGUAUGUAAUGGGUAGUUUGCUAUCGAUAAUUUUGAGCUCAGAAAGCAACCUUCACCUCCCCCACCCCUCAAAAAAUCUGAAGCCAACCAAGUUGCAAAAUAUAAAUGGAGCAGAGAAAAAAGCAGGGGGGAGAAAAAUGGUUUGAUAAAGACCACACAUGACACACACUAAGGAAGCACCUCUAAUUUAAAAAUCUGAUUCAGUCAUUGUCCACAGCGAAAUGUGGCAUCUUCACGACACUGUCCUGUACCAGGAAAGAAAGAAGAUAAGGUGAAAAGUUGGUGUUUGGAACAAGUCCCCUGAUACAAAGUAAGAAACAACCAGGAAUAAAACCACAAAUUUAAACUGAGCUCAAGCUCAUUCAGAGUCUCCAGAACUGUCAAUAGAUUGGGGGGGGGGGUCUUUUAAAUAAAUAUUUGUGUUAAUCCAGUUGAAGAAUGGAAUUCAAUAAAAGUUUAAUACACUCCACUAAUGCAAUAUUGUGGAGUGUGUACAGCUGGUUAUAUGUUGGUAACAAUCUGUCAUAGGCACCAGUCAUCCAGACUGUUUUUGGUCCAUCUUGGGAAGGGCCUUAGCUCUGCUUUUCAUGCAGAAGCUCCCGGGUUCAAGCCCCAACCUUUCUUGGUAGGGCUGGGAGAGACUCCUGCCUGAAAUCCACUGCCUCUAAGUUGACAAUACUGGGAUGGAUGAAUCAAUGGUCUGACUCAGUAUAAGGCAGCUCCUUGUAUUCCUAACCACAUGUAGGAAGAAUAAACUAUGACGACUUAAACUCAUAUAUCAUGCCAAGUAAACAUGCUUUCAGAUAAACACUGUUUUAGACAAGGCUUAAUUAAGCCUAUCUGCUUAAAUGAUGACACACACGCACCUGCUGAGGAAAUACAGGCAGGAUUUUGAGAUACAAAAUUGGGAUGCUGGAAUAAUGUAGCAGGUUACCUUGGGUUACUCCAUUCCCAAUUUUAGGAUUCUGGGGCCCAUCUCCACUACAAAUGUCUCUUGGUUUUGUACCAGCCUGAACUUUCAUAGCUUCUGGCAAGGAACCUUAGCUGUUGCAUACCUGCAACUUGGGAUAACCCUGCAUGGUAGUUGCUAUGUGUGUCCUUGAAAGAAUCGUGUAUACUGGUGGCCCCUUUCCAUUUCUGGAAGUCACUGUGAUGAAAUCAAUAUAAUUGUGUUCCAAUAAAUUCAAGCGGACUCAUUCUACACAAUGGCUGUAAGACAGAAUUCUUUUACCCACAUACUUUCUCCCUGAUUUCCCAGCCGUGUGUGUCUACUAAUCAUUAGCAUUUCAAAGUGGUGUAUGUAAAAAUAAACCAUAUGGAGAAUAAAACAAUAAAAAGUCAUUAUCAAACCAAAAACCACUUUAAAAUGCCCACUGCAACAACAAAGUCUUUGUAAUUCCCCUUUCUUUUGCUGCAUUGUAAAUGGUACUUGCAGAGUAUAAAAGUCUCUUGUGAUGCAGCAAAAGGAGGAGGGGGCGCUUUUGGAAGGGGGGGUGCACUGCACACAUGCGCCCCUUGUAGAGUUGUCACUUGGUGGUAAAAAAAAUGCAUUGCAUGUCAGAAGUGCCAGGUUCAAUCCCUGGCAACUCCAUGGAUCUUAAGCUGA